UACUUGUCUCACAAAUCUUUGAAACUGCUCUUAUGUCUUUUCUACAUACCUGAAUGUAGGCAUGUGUACAUGUCAAUUUUUUUAAAAAUAUUUUGUGGUUAUGAUUAAUAUUUCAGUUCAGAAUCCUGAAGAUGCAUUAAUUGAUGCAAAAGUUGUGAAUGCCAGCUCCACUGUUUUGAAGCGAAGUGCUCAAGCCUUAGAUACAAAUCUGCUUUCUUUUACAAGAGAGGAGUAUUAUAAAAAUACAUUAUCUGAUCUACAGGAAGAGUCCUCUGUAGUCAGGCAAGGCAAGUUAAACUUCCAGAAAUUAGCCUCUAAAGCUGCAGAAUGUUUUAGUCGCACACCACCUGCCUCGUAUGUAUUAGGCGCUUUCCAAGUUGGUGAAGUAGCGUGUGCCAAGAAGAAGGAACAGAAACAAAGGGCCAAGCAGGAAAUAGAAAGAAAAAGUCAGCCAGAAAAUGUGACAUGUAACAAAGAAGAAGAUGACAUUGAAGAUUCUGUACAUUAUAUUAUGAAUGUUUUGACUGCCGCAUACCGACAAAACAAGAACAAACCGAUCUGCUUCUUUAAGCUCGUUAUCAACCCAGACUCUUUUGGUGCCACAGUAGAAAACAUAUUCCAUGUUUCUUUCCUUGUAAGAGAUGGAUAUGUUAAUUUAUCAUGGGAUGAAAACAGAUUUCCAGUCAUUGCACCUGUUCCAAGAAAUGCCAUAGAAACGAAAUAUGAACAACAGAAACGACAGAUGAUUCUUGGGAUUGACAUGAAAAAGUGGGAAGAACUGAAGAAAGCAUUUGAAAUUAGAGAGGCAAUGAUAAAGCCAAGAAGCAUUGAUGCUACACAAGAAUCAAGUAAUUGACAUCUGCAUACGUGACUGUCUCCACGCACACCCAUUCAAGUUCCAUUUUUGUUUACAAACUGAAGGUAGAUAAACUGAGAGGGGUAUGGAGAGGUAGUUACAUGUUUUGAUGUAACUUAACCAUAGUUCAUAAGAAUUGCUGGAGGUGUCCUUCCCUGCCUGCUGUCAGGCAUACCUCACAUUGAACAGGUUCUGGAAUACUUUCUGAAGUUUAACCUCGGUAAUUGAAGCACCGCUUCAACAUG